AUGGGUGUCGGCUUGGAGGCAUCGCCAUACCCGACCUCCGACUCAUUGCCUACCGACCGGAGCUGGCCGUCCCGACCCGGUGCUUGCACUGCAACUCGCGCAAACUCCGUCUCGAUCGUCGCGCCGAGUAAAGCCUUUAGCGUUGGGUAUGUCUUUUGGCGCGUGUUUGGACCCGAGUUGGCCACCAAACAGGACUGGGAUCAACGUCUCUUCCCCCAAGCGCGUACCACGUGCUCAAUCCUGCCUUGCCCCACGUCCUUGCCCCACGUCCUUCACCCCCAUCGUGAUCCCCUUCCAGUUACCGCCAUGACCAUCAACCCGUGCGACUUUGCCGACUUUGGCAGCAGGGUGCUGCCUUCCCCCAAGCUGGUCGUUGCAGCUCCGACAAUGAGGCGUUGUCCUCCUCGCCAUCACCGACUCUCACCCGCCAACCUCCACCGCUCCGCUUUGUCUUUUCGCGGCCAAAUCGGGCAAGACGCUCCACCUAGCCAUGUCUCCGUCGUCUGUCAUCCCCGCCAUCGACUACUGCGCCGCUUGGACGUCGCCAUACCCCAUCAACUUCUGCCUCUCCGCAUUCUACUUGCCAGACUGAAUCCCACAAGACAUUUCAACUGGCGGCCCGUCUCUGCCGUAUCGAUUACCAACACGCAGGACUCGGAUCAGGCGCCCUGCCGCCGUGCGAAGAUGCUUCGGGCCGCCAUUUUCAUUUGGCAUGAUGACAACAUUGUGCGGCACCUAAUACAACUCUACCUCGUCGACACGUUCACCUACGCCGCAAGUGCUCUCUCCGCUGCAUCUGUUUUCCGCUCCCUUUUAGGCUUCGCCUUUCCACUAUUCGGCCAGCAAAUGUUCAACGCCCUCGGGACGGGCGGCGGCAACUCGUUACUCGGUGGUCUGGGUAUUGUCUUGGGAAUCCCAUUCCCGAUCUACCUUUACUACCAUGGGGCUGAAAUCCGUCAGAAGAGCGCGUUUUCCUCGAUGAUCACACAUCGAAAUGCUGACAGGUCAACGAGUGUACCGGUGAUAGAGGGCGAGUGCCCACACAUGCUGCUAGGCUAA